AUGCCUCAAAACACAUCUUCAGGGAUUGGAAUCACUCCAAGGCGUCGCAAGAUUGCAAAGGCCUGCGACUUUUGCCGCGAGCACCGUGUGCGGUGUGAAGCCACCACGCCAUGUCCACCAUGCAUUGCCAACAAUAUUACCUGCCAUCGGUCUCGUCCAGAGCGUACCUCUCGAAAGAGUUGUUUAUCUCAAAAUUACGAUGAUGCAAAUAUUGAAGUCAUUGAUGGAGUCUUGGGAGACACUGUCUCAAACACAGAUACUCAAACAGUGGAUGCCUCAGAGCCAAUACCGUCACCAGAGGCGAACCUCGCGUGGACUUCACAUAAGACGGAUUCAAUUAUGGGCUUCAUUGCCCGAAUAACGGUCUUUUGCUCACAUAUGUCACAAACUUUCUCUACCUCCACUCCAUCUGCAAGUGAUCCGCCCCUAGAAUCCAUCUCUCUUUUUUCGGCUAGCAUUUUAAACGACGCCAAUGGAGAAUUUGAUUUAUCUCCAAUCCAGAUCAAACACCUAAUGAGAAUAUUUUGGUCUCGUCUUCGACCACAGAUGCCAAUUGUGCAAUUGAAAGAUCUGGAAAACUCAAGUGAGCACAUUCACGGGCCUUAUUCGCCUUUGCAAGAUGCCGUCAUCGCAUACACUUUGAAUCACAUCUAUCACUCUGGCCUCAAUACCAGAAUCGUGAAUCUGAACUGGCCACAAUUUCAAACAAGAAAGGCUGCCAUCGGCAUGCCUUACUUUCAGCGUUGUCUCUCGACUGUUACCAAGCUGGCUACAUUUGCAGGUCCAUCAGUCUCCGUCAUGCAGUGCUACUGCUACAUGACACUCUACCUGCUUGAUCUAGGGCAUCAUCAAGCAGCGUACAAUAUCGUCGGACUAGGCCUUCGCAUUGCCGAGUCCCUCAACUAUAUGGACGCGCGAACUGGUGGAUAUCGAGAUUGUCAGCUUUUUCGACGUGUUUGGUGGACUUUAAUUCACCUUGACUUUCGUUGUUCUAGACAUCUGGGGAAGCCUGUUAGCAUUAGGAUCAAUGAUUUGAUGUGUGUCAGACCGACAAGAGAGCCACAAGAUAUCCAUUAUACCAAUGGCCUCCUGUAUCAUACUGAGUCUCUUCGACUCACUGCUGCAGCUCUGGUCAUGGAUGAGUCCAUGGAUCGUCGUACCUCGUCGAGUGAAAUAGUUGGAGUCGGAAAUAUCGAAUCAAGAGCAAAGAAUCUCUCGGAUCUCUCAUAUCAUCUUCAAAAAUGGCGUGACGAGCUGCCGCAAGAGGACUGUUUCGCGAACCUGCAUUUCGACGUCCCCGACGUACCACCAAAUCCUACAGAGUUGUCCAAAGAUGGAUAUGAAGGCCUUGAGCAGUCCUCAAUGGCCACCCUUUUGAGAACUUUGCUAUCAUUACAAUACCACAAUGUGAAAAUUGGCCUUCAUCGUGUGUUUAUACAGUUCCCCAGUUACCCACUCGUUCCAAAAUCAACCCCGAAAGCAGACGCCCACGCCGUGACAGCGCUCAACCAUGCACUGACCAUGAUCCGAAUUGCACAUAACACGAUGACAGUCCAUGACUUCUUCCAUGGAUUUCCUGAGUUAUACCAGUAUCAGUGGAAUGCAGUCAUAACAAUAAUCGGUUUUAUGCUCGCCUGCCCAUGGUGUCACCGGUGUCUGCUAGCAAGGGAAUACAUUCAUCUCGCUCUUGAAAUAUUUGAUUCAGCUGACAAGGAGAAUGCCACUGCGACUAGAGCGGCUGCGUUGACUCGCCAUUUGUGUACUAAAGUUGAUACUUUGACUCAAGUUCUCAAUGUCAAUCAACAACCCACCCCGACAUCGCUACCUUCUCUCCCAAACCCGGAGAUUCAAUCGCCAUGUGAUACAGUAGGACCUUCAAUUCAGAAUGAAGCGGAUUCGCUACUAGACUCGGGUGCGGAUCUGUUUUGGCAUUGGGCCGAUUUGGUCAACUUGGAUGCCUGGUCAAGUUAUUGCAAUGAGGUCAAUGAGGCAUUUAUGGAUCCGACAGAAGUAUUUGUUUCAGGUUAA